AUGGCAGACAAGGUCCUCUCAGAGAAACCCUCCUUCGAAGACACUAAUACUAUCAAUGAUUCUCCUCCCAAGUUCCAGAGCUUCUUCCAAGGGAAGAAAGACAAGGGCGAACAUGAAAAGAUCGAUACCACGGAUAUUGAUGCUAAACCAGUGGAACAAUCUCCACCAUCCGUCGGCUUUACGCAGCUAUUUCGGUAUGCUACUCCGUUCGAACUCUCCCUGAAUGCCAUUGGCAUCGUCGGCGCUAUAGUUGCAGGCGCCGCACAACCCCUUAUGACUUUAGUUUUUGGAAGGUUGAUUCAAGACUUCGUUGCCUUCGCCACUGCAAUGGAAAUUUAUCAGUCGGCAGGGUUAUCCGGAAACGCCACUGCAAUGUCCUCUGCGCAACAGAAUUUCGAUUCCGCGGCGAGCGAGUUCCGCAAGGGAGCUGCUCUGGAUGCUUCCUACUUGGCCUACAUCGGUGUUGCCAUGGCUGUAUGUACAUGGGUUUACAUGUAUCUAUGGAUAUACACCGGCGAGGUCAAUGCGAAGCGCAUUCGUGAGAAAUACCUUCAAGCCGUCCUCCGGCAAGACAUUGCUUAUUUUGAUCACAUCGGAGCUGGGGAGGUGGCCACUCGCAUCCAAACGGAUACCCACCUAGUUCAACAAGGGAUGUCGGAGAAGGUCGCAAUCGUGGUCAGCUUUCUCAGUGCUUUCUUCGUCGGUUAUAUUCUUGCGUAUACCCAGACUUGGCGUCUGGCUCUUGCCAUGUCGUCUAUCCUCCCGUGCAUGGGGGUAACUGGCGCUUUCAUGAACAUAUUCAUUGCCAAAUAUGCACAGCAGACACUUCAGUAUGUUGCUGAGAGUGGUACCAUCGCCGAAGAAGUUAUUUCUACCAUCCGAACGGCGCAAGCUUUUGGUUCGCAAAAAGUGCUGGGAUCCCUCUUCAACAAGAAGAUAGAUUCGAUUCGGACCGUGAACGCGAAGUCUGCCAUUUGGACCGGAUGUGGUCUCGGAGUCUUUUUCUUCAUCAUUUAUGCUGUCUAUGCACUUGCUUUCGACUUCGGUACAACUCUGAUCAAUGAAGGUCACGCGACCGUUUCGGAAGUUUUCGUCGCCUUCAUGGCUAUCCUCAUUGGUUCGUUAUCUCUGGCCAUGAUGGCACCGGAAGCACGAGCUGUAACUACCGCCCUUGGGGCAGCCGCAAAGUUAUAUGCUACCAUUGAACGUGUGCCCGACAUCGAUUCUGCCAGCACCGAUGGACUCAAGCCCGAGAAAGUCGUCGGUGAGAUAACCCUGGAGGACGUGCGAUUCAGUUAUCCCGCUCGUCCCGACGUUCCGAUUCUCAAAGGUGUCGACAUAACUUUCGAGGCGGGAAAAACAGCCGCUCUCGUUGGAGCUUCUGGCUGCGGAAAGUCGACCAUCAUCUCGCUUGUCGAGCGUUUCUACGACCCUCUUAACGGUUCUGUCAAGCUCGACGGGGUGGAUCUUCGCGAUCUGAACAUAAAGUGGCUUCGCUCUCAGAUCGGCUUGGUUUCUCAAGAACCCGUGCUCUUCGCCACCACAAUCAGUGCUAAUGUAGGUUACGGCCUCAUCGGAACUCCCUAUGAGCACGCCUCGGAGGACGAAAAGUUCAAACUGAUCAAGGAGGCCUGCGUCAAGUCGAAUGCUGAUGGGUUUAUCAGCAAAUUGCCCCAAGGCUACGAUACUACCGUGGGCGAGCGUGGUUUCCUUCUUUCUGGUGGCCAAAAGCAACGUGUGGCGAUUGCGCGUGCAAUCGUUUCCGACCCACGAAUUCUUCUGCUUGACGAGGCAACCAGCGCUCUCGAUACGCGGUCGGAGGGUGUCGUGCAGGAUGCUCUUGACAAAGCGUCCGCUGGCCGAACGACCAUUGCAAUUGCCCACAGACUUUCCACGAUCAAGGGUGCCGACCAGAUCUUCGUCAUGGCCGAAGGUGCCGUCUUGGAACAAGGAACUCACGAGGAACUCAUCGCCAGGAACGGAGCUUACGCACGCCUCGUCCAAGCUCAGAAACUUCGGGAAACCAGAGAAGCGCAAGCCGACACGGAAAUUACUGUGAUUAGUAGCACGGCGGACAACGAAAAAGUCAUCGAGGUUCCGCUCGGGCGCUCCGAGACUCGCAGUUCAGUGACGUCAGACCUCACGAGGAUCGAAGAGAGAGGAAAAGCCGAAGUCGACGAGAACUCGUAUGGCCUAUUGUAUCUUUUCAGACGCAUUGGAGGUCUCAACCCGGAGGGGUAUCGUUUGUAUGUCAUCGGUGCACUAGCAGCAAUGACGGCUGGUAUGGUAUACCCAGUGUUUGCCAUCAUUUACGGCAAGGCGGUCAACGGAUUUUCCCAAACUGACCCUUCUGCGAGACGUCACGCCGGCGACAUGAACGCCCUGUGGUUCUUUAUCGUGGCCAUCGUCUCAUCCAUAGCUAUUGCCAUUCAAAACUAUGUCUUUACUCUAGCUGCCUCCGACUUGACGACGAAACUUCGAAUGCUCAGCUUCCGUGCGAUUCUCCGCCAAGAUAUUCAAUUCUUCGACAGAGUUGAAAACAAUACCGGCGUGCUCACAUCUCGAGUGAAUGAUAGCCCACAAAAGAUCGAAGGUUUGGCUGGAGUUACCCUUGGAGCUAUCAUCCAAGCCAUCACGACAUUGAUUGGUGGUUCAAUCAUUGGUUUGGCCUACGCAUGGAAGCCAGCUCUUGUCGGAAUGGCUUGCGUUCCUCUUCUCUUUUCUGCGGGUUUCGUCCGACUUCGCGUGGUUGCUCUCAAAGAUGAGGAAAACAAGGCUGCGCACGAUGAGUCUGCCAGAUUAGCAUGCGAGGCAGCAGGUGCCAUUCGUACUGUUGCGUCACUUACUCGGGAAAAUGAUUGUUUGAGGUUGUACUCGAGCAGUCUGGAGGAGCCUCUCAGAAACUCAAACAGGAGUGCAAUCUGGAGCAACCUGGUCUACGCGUUCUCUCAGUCCAGUUCUUUCUGGGCGAUCGCCCUCGUCUUUUGGUAUGGAUCCAGGCUUGUGUCCAGUUUGGAAAUACCGAUUACCAACUUCUUCACUGCUCUUAUGGCUGUUACCUUCGGAGGCAUGCAAGCUGGGAAUGUCUUUUCAUUCGUUCCUGACGUCUCGUCGGCUCGUGGUGCAGGUGCAUCUAUUAUCAAGUUACUGGACUCUACACCUGAGAUCGACGCCGAAGCUCCUGAAGGAAAGACGUUCGAGGGAAGAAUCGUCGAGGGCCAGGUUCGCCUGGAAGACGUUCACUUCCGCUACCCCAUGAGACCUACCGUCCCGGUCCUUCGUGGCCUGAACAUAACGGUCGCACCAGGUACCUAUGUUGCACUAGUUGGUGCAAGUGGUUGCGGGAAGAGUACUGUCAUUCAGUUAAUCGAGCGUUUCUACGACCCUUUAGUCGGCCAGGUCCUUCUUGACGGUCAACCCGUCAAUGAGUGCAAUAUCCAGGAAUAUAGGAAGCAGAUCGCACUAGUUUCGCAGGAACCUACACUUUACGCUGGUACCAUCCGUUUCAACAUCUUGCUUGGUGCAACCAAGCCGAUUUCCGAAGUCGCACACAAAGAGAUCGAGGAUGCAUGUCGAGAUGCUAACAUCUUAGACUUUAUCCAGUCGUUACCAGACGGCUUUGACACUGAAGUUGGUGGCAAGGGUUCACAGCUUUCAGGUGGCCAAAAGCAACGAAUUGCAAUUGCUCGGGCUCUUCUUCGCAGUCCCAAGGUUCUUCUGUUGGAUGAGGCAACAUCUGCUCUUGAUUCCACCUCAGAGAAGAUCGUGCAAGAGGCUCUCGAUCGGGCUGCAAAAGGCCGAACGACGAUUGCCAUUGCCCACCGUCUGUCUACUAUCCAGAAUGCCGACUGCAUUUACUUCAUUAAGGAAGGCCGUGUCAGCGAAGCUGGUACCCACGAUGAACUUCUUGCAUUGAGAGGAGACUAUUACGAAUACGUUCAGCUGCAGCUCCUGAAGAAAUAG